AUGCUGGCAUCCGCAAAAUCUUACUUUGUGAACGCUGCGAACAGUACUAUCCAGUACGCGAAAGAUAACCCUGGAGCUGCAGCAGCCAUGGGAGCUGCCGGCAUUCUGGUAGCCGCGCCAGGUGUGGUCGUUGCUCCAGCUGCUGCGCUCGCUGGUUUUGGGGCGAACGGAAUAGCUGCAGGAUCUGCAGCUGCAGGUGUGCACGCAGGAAUCGGCAAUGUCGUUGGCCACAGCGCCUUUGCGACACUCCAAAGCUACGGGAUGGCUGGAUAUGGAGUCCCUAUCGUUCACGGUAUCGUCCAGGCUGCCGGUGUGGGCCUGGGUGCUAGAACUGCUUACUCUGAAGUGAAAGGAGAUUCCAAGUGCGACGGAAAGAAGUCCUCGGGUGGUGGCAGUAACGUGAAAGAAAGCAGGGAAGAAGAGAAGCUGUAG